CAACCCUUUGACCCUGCAAAUAAAAAAAAAACAUUCCGAAAAGAACCUCAUUCGAAAAUACCUUAAUAAUGAAAAGGAUUAUUGGAAGGAUUUAACAUAUCGCACCAAAUCAGAGAUAACGCAAGAGGAGGCAAAAACUACAAUAGUUUCCAACUUACAAGAUGCCCAGCACAAAAAAAAAUAAUAAAAAUUUAAAUCAGUGAUAAGCCUAGAAAUUAAAGCAACAAAAAAGUUUCUUCAAAGAGAUAUUCUUACGCGCACAGACGGACAUGUGAAUUUAAAAAAAAAAAAACACACAAGCGAAUUCUCUACUUUAGUCGAAUGUGAUCGCAGAAAGAAUCGAAAGCCGAAAAGUUGAUUAAAUUUCAAUUCAUUGCCUUGAGUUGAUUAUUUCGAAAUUGUGCCCAGUCAGUGAUUAUACCUUUUGAUCUCAUUUUAGUUUGCUGGUGUUUCAUUCCGUAUAAAGUCGUUCUUUGGCAACGACGUUAAACGUUUCCCCAUAAAUUGAAUAGAAUUUGAAAAGAAGUGGCCGGUCGAGUGAGUUCUCAAGCGAAAAAUAGAGAAAACCCAACACCCAAAAAAAUUCAAACUAACAAUGUUGCCCUUUCGAUGGGGCCUACUGGGAGUAGUGCUAUUUGUCGCCGCUUGUUCGCAUGCAGCCACAAUUAGUUACCCAAAUGAUGAGAAUGUAGAACUAAUCGAUGACCCGCAGCGGGCGAAGAGAAGCAACAGAGGCUAUAUGAGAGGUCAAACUCAGUCACAGUACUUAAAUUUUGGCAAUCCUGAGCAAGAUGGUAAAGCUGAAGCAGAAGCUAAUGAAAGUGGCUCCCGGUCAACAGUCACCGGUAGUCAUGGCAUGGGCCAAGCGCAAAGUCAAUUUUCGGUGGGUGAUUGUGGCGAAUGUGGCCCAGGCGCUGGCGCUGGCGGUAGCUCCAUGUAUGAAUUUCCAAGUGGCUCUCCCGAUCCCUUAACUUUGGGUGGAGGCGUUGGAGCUGGAACUGGAGCAGGUGCUGGCGCAGGUGCAGGUAUAUAUCCAGGUGGUACACCAUCGUCUUUAAUUGGUAGACCAGGGCCUGGACAAUUUGGAACACAAGGUCAAUUAGGUGCGGGUCACCCAGGAGCGGGUGGCACAGGAUCUAUUGGUCAACCAGGUUCACACUUUGGGCCUGGUGGAGGUCAGCCAGGAGCUGGACAGCAAGUCGGCGUUGCUCCAGGUUCUGGCAUUGGUCAGCAAGGAGCUGGUCUUCCAGGUGCUGGACCACUAGGCUCUGGAACUGGCCACCCAGGCACUAGCCAACCUGGUGCUGGGCAAACUGGAUUUGGAGCUGGUCAACCAGGUGCAGGACAACAAGGUUUUGGUACCGGGCGACCAGGUGCUGGAGCUGGUCAAACAAGUUUCACUGGCGGACAACCAGGAACUGGACCUUCUGGAACUGGUCCCACUGGUUCUAGACAGCCAGGAUUUGGAAUAGGCCAACCAGGCACUAUGCAAACUGGUUCUGGUCUACAGGGAGCUGGACAACCAGGAUUCGGAGCAAGACAACCAGGAUUCGGAGCAGGACAACCAGGAUUCGGAGCAGGACAACCAGGAUUCGGAGCAGGACAACCGGGAGCGCGGCAACAUGGCACUGGUCAGACAGGAGUGGGAGAACCAGGAUUUGGCAGUGCACAACCUGGGGUUGGUCAGCCAGGUGCUAGCCAACCAGGGGCUGGGCAACCAGGAUUUGGAAUAGGACAACCCGGAUCUCGUCAACCAGGUCCUGGUCAAGUAGGCACUGGACAGCCCGGAGGAGGUCAAGCAGGUGCAGGACAUACCGGAGCUGGUCUAACUGGCACUGGCCAAACGGGCUUUGGUGGUGGACAGCAAGGAGUAGGUCAACCUGGAGCUGGUCAUCUAGGUUUUGGUGGUGGUCAGCCAGGUUUUGGGCCAGGGCAGCCAGGUACUGGAGUUCGUCAGCCAGGUGCAGGACAACCAGGUUUUGGUAUUCCACAACAAGGUGGCGGCCAACCGGGAAGUGGUCGGCCUGGUGCAGGUGGUAUUGGUGCUGGUGUCGGUGGAACCGGUGCUGGCGUCGGUGGUACCGGUGCUGGUGCCGCAGGUACUGGACAACAAGGAAUUGGUCAACAAGGAGCUGGUGGUAGACAACAAGGUUUCGUCCCAUCGGGCGCCGGACAAGCUCAACCUGGUACAUCACAGUCAGGAUAUAGUCGUCCAGGUUUUGGUCAACCAGGAGGUCAACAAGGUGCAGUGCAACCGGGAGCUGGUGGUAGUCAACAAGGAGCAGGUUUAGGUCAACCUGGCUUCGGUUCGGGUGCAGGCCAACAAGGAAUGGGAAGACCAGGAUUUGGUCCAGGCUCAGGUCAACAAGGUGCUGGCCAACAACCAGGUUAUGGACAGCCCUCUUACGGAUCGCAGACAGGACCAACAUAUGGUACUGGAGUUGGUGGACAACCUGGAGUUAGUGGACAACCUGGAGUUGGUAGACAACCUGGUAUUGGUGGACAACCGGGUGCUGGUGGACAGCCUAGCUUUGGUGGCCAACAAACAGGAUUUGCCCCACAACAAACGGGAACAGGAACUGGCGGAGGCUUCAUGCCAACGUAUGGUCAACAGGGAAGUGGUAUGCCUCAUCUAGAUGGUGGGCCACAGAAUAUCAUACAACAACGUCCAGGAUCUGGAAAUGUUGGAGGUCAGACAGGAUUUGGAUUGCAGCAAGGAUCAAGCGGACAAGACAUGGGAACACAACCAGGAUAUGGACAUGGUGGUCAACAAGGACCAGGAGCCGGCUUUCAACCUGGCGUUGGAGGACAACAAGGAACAGGCGGAUUCCAUCCUGGAUCCGGUGGUCAACUAGGUCCAGGAGCUGGGUUUCAACCCGGUAUGGGAGGACAACAAGGACCAGGAAGUUUCCAACCUGGAAUGGGUAGACAACCAGGACCUGGGGCUGGAGCUCAACAAGCACCAGGCUCCGGUUUCCAACCAGGAGCCGGUGGUCAACAAGGACCUGGAACUAGUUACCAACCAGGAGCCGGUGGUCAACAAGGACCUGGAACUAGUUACCAACCUGGAGUCGGAGGAGCUGGUUAUCAACCCACAUCUGGCGGACAACAAGGUAUUGGUACAGGAUACCAACCUAGUGUUGGUGGUCAACAAGGCACUGAAACAGGAGGUCAACAAGGCGCAGUAUUCCAACCUGGUGGUCAAACAGGUACUGGCGGAGGAUUCCAACCCGGAGCAGGUUAUCAACCAGGGGUCGACGGUCAACCAGGUUCUGGUUCAGGAUUCCAACCCGGUGCAGGUUUUCAACCCGGUAUCGGCAGUCAACAAGGAACAGGUACUGGUUUCCAACCAGGUACAGGCGGUCAACAAGGUCCCGGUGCAAGUUUUCAACCAGGAAGGGGUAGUUUUCAACCUGGUAUUGGUGGUCAACAAGGGCCAGGAGCUAGUUUCCAACCUGGAAUGGUCGGUCCCCAAGGCACUGGAUCUGGUUACCAACCAGGUAUUGGCGGUCACACUGGAUCAGCGUUCCAAACUGAAGCUGGUGGUCAACAAGGUGCUGGUAGUGUUUUCCAAACCGGAUUGGGAGGGCAAACCGGAACAGGAUCUUUCCAACCUGGCAUUGGUGGUCAACAAAGACCAGGAGGUGGAUUCCAACCUGGAGCUGGUGGUCAAAUUGGUUACCAACCUGGAACAGGUGCUCAAUCUGGUUACCAACCUGGAGCAGGAGGCCAACCUGGUGCUGGAGCAGGAUAUCAACCUGGUGUCGGUGGUCAACAGGUACCCAGUGCUGGUUUUCAACCUGGAACUGGCGGUCAACCUGGGGCCGGUGCUGGGUAUCAACCUGGCAUGGGAGGUCAUCAAGGUCCUGGAUCUGGCUUUCAGCCUGGUAUCGAUAGUCAACAAAGACCUGGAGCUGGAUUCCAACCCGGAGUUAGUGGUCAACAGGCACCUGGGGCCGGCUAUCACCCAGGAGCAGGCGUUCAAACUGGCCCAGGGACAGGAUACCAACCUGGUGCUGGUCAACAAGGAACAGGAGCUGGUUACCAACCUGGAUCUCUUGGUCAACCUGGAGUUGGGACGGGAUACCAACCUGGUGUCGGUGGCCAACAAGGACUCGGUGGCUACCAAUCUGGUGGUGGCUACCAACCUGGAGCUGGCGGAUAUCAACCUGGAGUCGGCGGUCCACAAGAACCCUCAACUGGAUUCCAACCUGGUGCCGGUGGUCAACAAAGACCUGGAUCUGGAUAUGCACCCGGAGCAAGCGGUCAACCAGGAUCAGGAUCGCGAUAUCAACCUGGAGUCGGCAGUCAACAAGGACCCAGCUCUGGAUUCCAACCCGGAGCAAGUGGUCAACCAAGUUCGGGAGUUGGCUAUCAACCUGGAGUCGGUGCUCAACAAAGACCAGCAGCUGGUUUCCAACCUGGUCAACAAGGUGGUGGCGCUGGAUAUCAACCAGGAACAGGUAGUCAACCUGGUAGUACCGCAGGGUAUCAACCUGGUGUCAGUGGUCAGCCAGGUGCUGGAGGUGUAUUCCCAUCCGGUGGCCAACCAGGAGCAGGAGCUGGUUUUCAACCAGGAAUGGCUGGUCAACAUGGUACCGGAUCUGGUUACCAAACUGGCGCUGGAGGUCUACAAGGAGGUGGAGCUGGUUUCCAAACAGGAUUGGGUGUUCAGACUGGACCUGGGACUGGAGGCCAGCAAGGACCUGGAUCGGUAUUUCCUCAAGGGACCGGAACUGGCUACCAACCAGGUGUUGGCGGAGCCGGUUAUCAACCAGGCGCUGGCGGCCAACAAGGAACUGGCGCUGGAUUCCAACCUGGUAUGGGAGGUCAACAAGGAGCUGGUGGGUUCCAACCCGGUUUGCAAGGAGGGGAUUCUGGUUUCCAACCUGGAGUUGGCGGUCAACAAGGUACUGAUGCUGGUUAUCAGCCUGGAUCCUCAGGUGCAGGUCUUGGAGGGGGACAAGGAUUUGGACCGUCAUAUGGUCAAGGACCCCAACAGAUUCUCCAACCGGGAGCAACUUACGGCCCUGGAACCGAUAUAUCGAGUGGUACUGGCGUUAUGGCUUCUGGUUCUGGGGGUACUGAUGAUGCCUUCUCCGAGGCUGAAUCAUCCAUUAGCAAUGGACAAGCUGCGGCAAGUGCUCUGGGAAAGAAGAAUGGCGGUACCGCUAAAACUCAAGUACAAGGUACCUAUAGCUCAAGUGGUUCAUUUAGCGCAAGCGCUAUGACCUCGGAUAGCGACCGAUCUGCAAGCUCACAAGUUACUGGAGGUGCGGAGGGAGCUAUGAGCCAGGCUCAAGGUCAAGGUGGAGCUGCCCAGUCUCAGGCUCAAGUACAGGUCAACGAAAAGUCCGGUGGAACAAAGGCCUCUUCACAAAGCGGAGGUUUGAUCCAUCAAAGUCAAAGUGAGGUUCAAGCAAAUGACAAAGGAGGUUUGGCUGAUGCCCAAUCAAGUGGUCCAGGACAAACAUCUUCACAGGCCCAAAUUGGUUUCCGUCCUGGCCAAGAUGGUGAAGUGGUUCAAUCGACUGGAGGUGGUCAAGCAUCUGCUCAAUCUGGCUCCCAUUCUGGCCAAAGUCAGUCACAAAUUCAAGGAACAUCCAAAUUUGGUGUUUCAUAUCAUGGUGCGGCUCAGUCCGCUUCUGGCACCAAGGAACAAGUGGCUAGCUAUCGCGAGCAAAACCGAGAACUCUUUAACACAAUUAGCCAAUUUGGAACCAAUGAAGCAGUAACUGAUCGCGUUGACACAAUGUACAAUCCACAAACUGCCCUUACAUCUGAAUCCGAUAGCAUGCCCGACUUGCAACUAAAAGCAUCCAAGACACCUAAAGAAGAAGCUUCCAGUUCAAAUAAAUUAGACGAUGACGAUGCCAACUUGGCAGAGGGAGACGAGGACGAAGAGGCUUACGACGAUUACGAUGACGAAGAAUACUACGAUGGUGAAGCUCCAAUAAACAUGGAUGCCAAGUCGAAACAUCCAGCCGUAGAAAAGCCGCAGAUGAAGAAAGCUGAUCCAUCCCCACCUUACACCACUCACACCCAAAACUCACCCACGCAAUCACAACAAGUUGCCGUACCAAAUCCUUCAAGAAAGUACAACGUUGUUCAAAACCAAAAUGGCCGAGUGCAGUCAUAUUCAUCUCGCUCAACAACCGAAACCGUGCCCAGCGGCUUUCGUGGCUCAGUCAAUGUUGAGAAGAAAUUCCACACCAAAGCCUUGGAACCCCACAAGACGGACAACAAAGUUAACGCCACAUCUGAAGAAAAGAGUACCCAGUCAAAGACACCCAUCAAACCUGACAGCUAUGUGACAGUGACCAAAUCCGUAACGGGUAGUCUCGACAACUCCAAGAGCCCUCCAGAGGACAACAAAAAUUUCCAGUCCACCUACUACACAAAGUCCUCAACCUGCGGCUACUUCACCUUCUCCUGCAACAUUGUCUACGGUGUAAAUGGGCGCAGCAAGAUUUGCCGUCCCAAAGCUCCCGCUAAUGGCAAAUGCUAGACUUCAUUAUUUCAAUAGUUCGUACAUCCUCACAGCUUCCACCAUUCUACUUCUACUUUAGAUCCUAGCAAAACAGUCUGUGUCUUAGUCCCUCUUCUUUUUUAAUCCCCUUCAAAUCACCAGACUUCCCUCCUGCCCAUGACUCUACCAUUAAGCUUAACUAUGAACAGAUUAAUCUUUAAGUCAACGUUUCAUUUUGCCCUUUGUAAACACUAUAACCUACUAUCACUGCCCAAAUUGUUGAUCGACUUAUUAAUGUUUUAUACCGAAAAUGUUCUAAUUACUGCCUAAUUUAUAAAGAAACUCUUGAAUCAGCAGUUACUAUCGAUGAUGCAACGUUUUUUCUAUUAUUUAAUAAACUUUUAGAAAUAUUUACAGUU